AUGCCAUUCGGAGGCAAGGUUGUAGUGUUUGGAGGGGACUUUCGGCAAAUUCUGCCAGUUGUGUUGAAAGCGUUGAGACAAGACAUUAUAUUGAGAAUCGGCAAUGGCGAUGGUGGCGAGGUAAAUGACGGUGAUGCCGCAUUUGAAAUUCCCGAUGACAUGCAGAUUCGGAAUUCUUCAUAUCCCUUUUUGGAUCUUAUAGAAUUUGUCUAUCCCGAUCUGGUGACCAACCUUUUCACUCCCGAGUAUUUCGAAGGCAGAGCAAUUCUUGCACCCACUAAUGAAAGUGUCGGUUUUGUGAACGAUCAUUUUUUGUCGAUCAUAACUGGAGAGGAGAAGCUCUAUUUCAGCUCCGAUAGUAUGUGCAAGGAGGAGUUAUUGUCGGAUGUCAACGCAGAUAUAUACUCACACGCGUUUCUCAAAAAAAUAUCAUACUCCAGAAUUCCACCGCAUAAGUUGACAUUGGAAAGAGGUAUUCCCGUUAUGCUCAUCAGAAAUAUUGAUCAGGCCAGAGGAUUGUGCAAUGGAACAAGGCUUUAG